AUGACAGUGAAACUGGUUUUGAGUGAGUUGCUUCUGGGUGUGCUGCUAGUGAGCUAUGCAAAGGCUGGAGUUAUACAGAUCAGCGCAUACGGCAACGUUUUCAGACAAGGAGCUUCUCCAUUGAGAAAUAACUCGGAUGCAAGUGCUGGAACUGACCAAGCAAUGAAUAGUGGAUUCAAUCGAAAUAGUGUCGAUGGAUUGUCCAUGAAGCCUGUAAAUUAUGGAACCAUGACUUUUCAGAAUUCGUUUAUAGAACCUGCGGUGGCCUCGGACCGAUUCACCCCAGGAGAAGCAUAUGGUGGAACCGUUUUCAAAAUACUAAAAGCUAAACACGGAAAACGAAAAGGCUAUCAGUACCAGAAGCCCAAUGAUGCCUCAUUAGAUGACACCAAAACAAAUCCAUCCUCACCAGCGCCAGCUUCACCUCCACCUUCUCCAACUGCAGCUGUUGUAACCGUACCAGUGAUUCCAGCUCCCAUUACGCCCUCUCCACUUCACAACCUUAUAGCAGGACCCACCCCGCUUCCAGAAACGACCUCAGAGAAAAAUUCGUUAGCAAUACAAUACAUCCCAUCAUCAGAUCCAAACCUAUUUGCACCAAACAUACACUCUCAUUACCCUCCUCCACCAGCGAAUGGUAAAACUCGUUUCAACGGAGUUACAAGCUACCUUCCACCAGCAGCCGGGCCAGUAGCAGAUGACGCAUCGGUAGAUUCCAAUCACCCAGACUCUCCCCCAUCAAACCAAUACAUACCCCCGGCUGAUCUAUUCCAAUUUCCACCAAAUAUUCAUUCCCACUACAAUCCUCCACCAAUGGGCAAUAACUUUUACACGAACGGCCUAACAAGCUAUCUUCCUCCACCGGCUGGUCCCACUGACAUCUAUCUUUCUCCUUCAUCCGUAAUGUCAGCUGAUUCCUCGACAUCUGACCCACCCAGUUCACCGGACUCCUCCGACGAUUUGGUCGGAACGAUCCCCAUCCAUCCAGAUUCUCCUUACCCAGCCUACCUACCACCAUCCGGUUCUCAGGGCCCAGUUACCCCGGCUCCAAUACCCCAAUACAUGAUGAUGGCCAUGCCACCAGCUCAAAACAUGAUGAUGAGCAUGCCACUCGGGCCGCUAAUGAGUGGUCCUCCCAUGGACAUUCCCUUCGGCUUCCAUGGAUAUAAGUACAAUCAUCCUCACGAUCACUUUCCGGAGUACUUCUUCGAUCACGAUUACCCCCACGACCACCAUGACAAACCGCCAUCAACGACGACUCCGGAACCUCCACCACCGCCACCGGCUAAAGUUAAAAACUACAACUACUACUACAUCAGUCGAGUGUUUUGGUACUUCCCGCUGUACUUUACUUUAUACUUCGCCAUCUACAUUGUGGUUUUGAUCUUACGUUCCCUUGCUAGGUAUAAGAUCGGUUAUCCCAACCAUUUGUCCGGAGUUGUUCCACCCGCUAAUUGGGAUAAAAUAGUCACAAGAUCUCUGGAUGACAUGCAAUUCCUAACGCAAGAACAAGCAGCCCUCAAGGCGGAUAUUAUGGCGCAAUUCGUGAUGAAACAGAUUGACGAUUUCAAAGAAAAGUACAUUGGAUAG